ACCUAGGGGUAGGUAGGCUAUAAUAGGUUUAUUACGCAUCAGCAAGACUGGUCAAGACUCCUAAGAAGAAAUGUCAAAGGCGAUGAUAGGCUUUUAUAGCGAAUAGGUUUGAAAAGUCUCAUGCUUCGGAACGCAUCUGCAAAAAAUAUGAGCUGCAUCGGUAACAUCUUAGAACAGUUAUUUAUUGACAGAAGAAUAUAGGCAACACUUUACAUCUACAUCGUACCUCAACCCUAACGAACCAUAAUGAAGCUUCUGGCUAUUACCACAUCAGAAAAACCCAGCCUGUGGAUAUUCGGAUAUGGCUCCUUAGUCUGGAAACCAGACUUCAAAUACAAGAGGAGCAAAGUCGGUUAUAUUGAAGGAUAUAGUCGACGCUUCUGGCAUGGGGACAAUUUCCAUCGAGGAGACAAAGACCUGCCAGGUAGAGUGGUAACUUUGGUGGAAGAUCAAGAUGCUUGCACUUGGGGGGUAGCCUACGAGGUCACUGACUCCCAGAUGGAGGAGUCUCUGCAGUACCUGAAUGUGAGAGAGGCUGUGCUGGGGGGCUACGUCACCAAGAUGGUGGAGUUCACACCCAGAGAGAAGUACCAAGGGUCCCUGCUCGCCCUGGUCUACAUUGCCACCUCUGACAACCCCAUAUACCUCGGGCCUGCCACUCCCACAGAGAUAGCUGCUCAGAUUACAAUCUGCAGAGGCAACACGGGCCACAACAUAGAGUACCUCCUCCGCCUGGCUGAGUUCAUGAGGCUGUACUGUCCCGAGGUAGAGGAUGACCAUCUCUUCUCCAUAGAGGCAGCCGCCCUGGCUCUGGUCAUCUGAACUACCAGGGCCAGGGAUACUCACAUCUGACCACCGGUACGACACUCAAUCCUUACGACACUCGCUACGUUACUUGCUAAUGUGAACAAUGUGAAGACAAUGACAAUGUAAAUACACUGACAAUGUGAAGACAGUGAGAGUCACUCCAACUCAUAAAAAGGGUUCUCUACAAGGUGUGUAAACACUCUGGUGUGUAAACACUCUGUCCAAUAAAUAUAUUUCAUAUAUGGUAUCAGAUGAAUAAAUCAUAUUUUUGUUGUGUUUAUGAAGGUCCUGGGUAACAUUAGAAUUCAAAAAAGUCAUUAUAUAAAAUUACAA